GCAUGCAUUUCUCCUCCUGCCGAGCUGCUGCUGAAUGGAUUACCUGCACGCCUCGGCGCACAGACCUCCUCACAUAAAGCAUUUCCUUUCGGAGAAGAGCGCGAGUCUUUUUGUUGUGGCGGUUUCUUAACGAUUACGCGGAUCUCGCCGAGCGCACUGAUUUGAGACCGACUCGGACUCCGGAGUCACAUCGGAACCAGCGCCCCUGCCGCUGCUGGUGUGGACGCGCGGGGCACGAUCCGCCUGGAGAGGAUUUUUUUGUUCUUUUUCUGCAACAAUUUGUUGCAAACGUUAGUCAUGGUGCCGGCGAUGCAUCGGCAUCUCAUGGCAUCGUGAGAACUUUCUUCUGGUCUUUCCCUCCCCUUCCUCCUCCUUUCCCCCCCCUUCUCCUCCUCUUUUUGUUCUUGUCGUUGUUUUAGAUGUUUGUCAGCGGUAUCGUGCUUCCUUGGGAAAUUAUCCGCCGUUUCCCCAUUCAAUUAUGUUCACUUUUGCUGCCUUCUGCUACAUGCUCUCUCUGGUCCUCUGCGUGUCCCUGAUCUUCUUUGCAAUAUGGCACAUAACAGCCUUCGAUGAGCUCCAGACUGACUUCAAGGUGCCGAUCGAUCAGGGCAAUCCACUUCAUGCGAGGGAGAGACUGCGGAACAUCGAGAGGAUAUGCAACCUGCUGAGGAAGUUGGUGCUACCAGAGUACUCCAUCCAUGGACUCUUCUGCAUCAUGUUCCUGUGUGCCCAGGAGUGGCUGACGGUUGGCCUCAACAUCCCCCUGCUCUUCUACAACACGUGGAGUAGGUACUUCCAUUCCCCGACGGACACAAAGGAGCUGCUCUACGACCCGGCGUCGGUGAUGAACGGCGACACGCUCAAGUUCUGCAUGAAGGAGGCCUGGUGCAAGCUGUCCUUCUUCGUCCUCUCCUUCUUCUACUAUCUCUACUGUGUGUGGAACCUGGAUAUAUCCCUCUAAUAGGUCUUAACAAUGGAAACACUUGAAGAUGGCGUAUUGUUGUGCAUGGUGGUAUUGACGGCUUUAGUCAUUUAAUCGUGUUCUUGAGUGCUGCCACCAACAACCGAGCAGCAACAGUGUUAAGAAGCUUUCAUGAAGCUGUCGGUGUCUACGGUUUGCCGUCUCGUGUGAGGUCAGAUAAAGGUGGGGAAAAUGUUGCUGUUGCACGCUACAUGGUGGAGAACAGAGGACUGAACAGAAAUGCACACAUUGCUGGCAGGAGUGUCCAUAAUCAAAGAAUUGAAAGGCUCUGGAGAGACGUUUACAACAGCCUACACCAUCUUCACCAACCUUGAGAGAGAAGGCUUUCUCAAUCCUGACGAUGAAAUCCAUCUCUAUGCUCUGCACUGGUGCUUUUUACCCCACGUACAAUAACACCUUCAGUUUUUCCGGGAUGGCUGAAACUGCCACAGACUGCGUACCGAGGGAAACCAGUGCCCGCUGCAACUGUGGAGUCUCAAUGAACGUGAUGGACAGCAGGACCCAACACAGGUUGACAUGGAGUUUGGAGUUGACUGGACUGGGCCGUGUGGUGAUCGUCGGCCUGGUGUUGUGGUCCCUGAAGUUCAGCUGCAACGCACACUAACUGAGCAGGAAGUUGAAAAUCUAUCAGACCAUGAUGGCCCUCUGUCCAAUAUGUUGGAGGUCUUUGUUCAGACUUAUGAUCUACUCCUUGGUUACCUCAUAACUGAUUUAUCAGCAACUGGAGAGAGAGAAAGAAGCCUCCGGGAUACACGGACUGCCACUGUCCCCUUUCUGGAAUUGUGUUAUUUCAAAGUAAAGACAAUUAACUUUUCUUUUUGCUGUGAAGCCAAACAAUGAACUGAAUGGGGGGGGGGGGAGGGUUUGAAGCUUCUUUUCUGCUUAGUCAGUAUACCGAAGACUAAAAGUCCUGUUUACAGUUGGACUGGAAAACCCAAGUUAAUCACUGCCUGGCCAACGUUUGUAAAACACACCCACACACACACACAGCCUCCUCCGGAUUGGUACCGUAUACUUACUGCACGGUAGCAGCACCGGUAGCCCCGGAGGUCAGAUGAGCACAGUAGCGUUUGCACAGUUUGUCUCAGGCACAGCAUGGUGGAGCACUGUGUCCAGCACAGCUCCCCGACCCUCAGUCAUCCCUCCUCCCCUCGAGGCCGCAUCAAUCCAUAGCUUCCAGUUCGAAACACGAGGGGCAGAUGGGACGGACGGAUAUCACUGUACAGAAGAGAGAACGCUCUGGAUAAAGGAGGGUGGUGACAGAGCAGCCUGUUCUCAAUUCUCCCCUCCCCCUGGGAUGGCACACACUAUCCAUGGCCUGUGGGUUGGUCUUUCUAACAUUAUGGCUUUUGUGACUUGUUCAUUUUGGUGUAUUCUUUAAAAAAAGGCAUUUCCAAUUGAAUUAUGAUCUACAGUAAACCGGUAUUCUAUACGGCAAAUGCCUUCUUAGUGUUGUACUUGGUGUCGUUCUAUUGUGGGAAACUUUUCUAAAAACUCUACUCCUGUCCGAGCUUUUAUAGUAGAAGCAGCGCAGAUAAGAUAUUUAAUCUUGCACAGUAUUCGCAAUAUUUGGCUAUAUAUUAUAGGUAAUUUCCGAGUCUAGCCACAACGGUGAAGGUCUUCCAACAUGUAAAGAACCGUCCAUGUCCGUUUGAGGACGGGGACACAAUGUGAAUCCUUUCUAGCUUGAUUUACACCAUGGACCGAUAUGUUUUAUUCAUUCAUUUCUGUCUAUUUGAGAUUCCAAUGGCUUGCCUCUGGGCUCAAUCUUAAACAAAAUAUUAUUUUCCAAAAUAUAAUUGCACCGUGAUGAGACAGCACGAGUACAGAAGAAAGCAGAAAGAUUGAAAAAGCUCUCGAGCAUGGAUCCGUAAUUCCCUGUGAUUUUAAUCAAAGCAACUGUAGCAGAAAUGAUGGAGGACACAGAUGGAGCUUCUUCUCCCUCACCACUCAUAGAUGGCAGCUCGGUCAGCGGCCCAACGCUCUACAUACCCCUCUAGAGACAGUUUAAAUGUUCAUGUGAACAUGGAUGUUUAAACUGUCUAAAGACAACAAAUUGACUUGGUUAGGUUUUAUUUAAAGGUAUGGUAGUUGCAUAGUUGAGGAGGCUAUAUGUAAGUAACCUGACUAUGUAAACUGGGUUACGUAACUUAAACUAAAGCAAUGUUGACGUUCGGUUCCACGCGGGACUUCUGGGUUAAAAGUCCAGUUAUUUUAGACCUACAAGACAUAAUGUUACGUAACACAAGUUGUAUAAUAAUACGUGACAUAACUUGUGUACUGUUGUGUAACGUAAAUAACUUUCAACAUGUCAACGUUACAAAAUAUAGUAUCUGUGAAGUGAAAUAUGUUACGUAACAUUACAUAAGUUUAAUUAAGUCCUUAUCUUCAAAAUGAGUCCACGUUGACUUUGUGUUGGCCAUACACCACCACCUCCCUCCUUACGCAGACUUUAUUGCUCUCGAUAUCACUUCCCCACUAAUAUAUAUAUAUAUAUAUAUAAUGUGGGUCUGAUUACAUUUAUGUAUACUACCGUGUCAUGAUUCUCCAGAAAAAAGUUUCUCCGUUCCAUAUACAGGUCAUCAUCCCUGCAGCUGAAAUUAAUUCAGUGUCUUGCUCUGGGACACAUCAGCUAUGCGGGAGCUUGAAACCUGCAUCUUCCAUGUGUAGCACAGUUUUCUAACCACCAGACUACUCUUUAGAUCUUCACCAUUGUCUUCACACAGGGAGCUCACUUUCUCAGCUACCACUCAAGGAUAGCAGAUAGGAAUGCCCACAUCUUGUUGUUUUCUCUUAAUCUAAUUCAAGCAUUUUCUAUCCUUACUGUCUAUGUGACCGACCGAGGUGAAUUUAGAUAUUGUUUAUGAAAUAAAGUAUUUUAAAAUCAAAAAUGUGCUUCCAGUCAUUGUGCUUUUACAUUGUGUUAUAACAUGGACCUGUACUUGCAUAGAUCUUUUCUCGUCUUCCGACCACUCAAAGCGUGGUAACGCUACAUGACAUCAUUCACCACCUGAUGGAAGGGGCUAUGGUUCCACCAGCACAUCAGCAGUAACUAACAUUCACCCACAACGUAGAGCAAUUUUGGGGUUAAUUGUCUUGCCCAAGGAUGCAUCUACAUGGGCUAGUGGGGCCGGGGAUUGAACCGCCAAUCGUGACUGAAGGACAUGGGAAAAAGAAGGUGGCCAAGAAGAUGUGUAUCAACCCUUGUCCUUUAAAGCACUUAGUGCCCAUUUACUUCAUUACAUGCAAUCAUAUUGCAUGAUGACACGGAUUGUAAUGCAUUAUAAAAAAGAGAUUAGAAUGCAUUACAACUAUGGG